CUGAAGUCGCUGCUUGCUAAAGCCAUCCAGAGCAAUCAUGUCAGCUGCUACGGACAAGGCCCGCUUCUUUCUGGAGAAGUCAGUCCCUGAGCUCAAGGAGUUUGAGCGGAAGAAAAUCUUCUCUAAGGAGGAAAUCACAGCCAUCAUCAAGAAACGGUCCGAUUUUGAGCACAAGCUGAAUGCACGUGGCGCCCUGCCCAUUGACUUCGUCCGAUAUGCGCAAUACGAGAUGAACCUAGACACCCUGCGCCGGAAGAGGGUGAAGCGAUUGGGAAUCAGGUCGGCGGGAUACACUGGGCAGAGGCGCAUCUUUUUCAUCCUUGACCGCGCGACUCGCAAGUUCCAUGGGGAUGUGGGCUUGUGGGUGCAGUACCUCGAAUACGCGAAACAACAAAAAGCCUACAAAAAGGUCUCGAGCAUCCUUACAGACGCCUUGCGGUUACAUCCCGCCAACGUCGAUUUGUGGCUAUACGCUGCGCAAUACUCUGUGGAUGAGCAUGCGGAUAUGACACAAUCUAGAGGUUACAUGCAGCGCGGAUUGCGCUUUUGCAAAAGUUCUAAGAAGCUGUGGCUCCACUAUGCCAAACUGGAAUUGAUAUAUAUCGCCAAGUUGGUUGCUCGACAGCGAAUCUUGGGUCUCGAUAAGCCGGUUGAAGCCCCGAAGCCAGCGGAGGAGGAUGAUAUGGAUGCCGACAUGAUCGCUAUGCCCAAGAUUACUGGAGAAGAUAUCAACCCCGGUGCUGGAGAGGAUGGCGGUGUGGACCAAGUCGCUUUGGACAACCUUGCCAACACCCCUGCCCUGACUGGUGCUAUCCCUCUCGCCAUUUUCGAUACGGCCAUGAAGAACUUCGAAAACGACGACCGUUUCGGUCAUGAAUUCUACGACAUGGCGGUCGAGUUCGACGACCUGCCCUGUCUGCACAAGAUCCUCGGCCAUGUGGUCGACGUGAUGCAGCAGAGCAAGCCCAACAGCCCCCAUACGCAAAUCUGCUACAUCAAAUUCCCCACCGCCGGACUCCAGGUCACUUCGCCCGAAUUCCCACGUGCGUUUAGCGCAUCAUUUGCCCGUAUCAAGGAGUACCGGAAUAACCCCAACGUCGCCAAGGAGAUCAUCAGCUGGCUACAGCCCCUUGAGAAGACAGAAGGCGUGGAUGCGUCUCUCCAAAAGGCGAUUUCUGCGACUAUCCGUAACGCGGAACGCAUUGUACAGGAAGCAUAGAGCUUACAUUUCAUUUAAAUCAUUCAUCGGCGUUUAUCGGGCUUUUUCCGUCGCAAGCUUAAUGGGCAAUGAGAAUGAGGGAAAGGUCCUCUUGGUUAUUAGGUGAUGAAAAGUUAGCAUGUUUGUUAGUCGUCAUAACUACCCCGGCGGCUGCUCUUUUUGCUGCUGUGCAUUUUCUUCGACUUGAUGCGGGCUUCGUUUGCAGCUUUCUUUCUGCGCUAGAUCAGUCCGAGGUUCGCAGGUUCCUCAAAGUGGAUCCUAAAUACCCAGAGGAGAAAUACAUACAGUUUUUGUACCUUGUCACGUUGUUCUUGCGAAGUCUCUCCGG